CUGAAUCGAUGACAGAAAAGUUAUUUUCCUUUUUUAACUUUUAUAUUCUUUGUAAAAAAGUGUAGAUAUGGAUUCUCAGAUCCUAGUUCUUGGUCCUGAAGGUGGCGGCAAAACCAUGUUAUUAAAGCGACUUCAAAGCUACACCUCACAAAUGUCAAGCAGUGGCGAUACAACGCUUGAUGAACCACCUUCCACUAUCCCUACGGUCGGUGUAAAUCUUGUCAGUUUGCAAAUCAAUAAAAAGAAAUUUUGUUUCAGAGAACUUGGUGGUGCAAUGGCCCCUGUUUGGUCAAACUAUUUCAAGGAUUCAUCACACUGCAUUUAUGUUAUCGACUUAGCAAACAGAGGACAGAUUGCGGCUUCCACAAUACUGUUGUUGAAUCUGCUUACAGCAAGACAGUCGAGCACUUGGCCGGUUUUAAUUAUUUUUAAUAAACUAGAUAUACCUUGUGGAAUGACCCAAAUGGAAAUAUCAUCAAUAAUGCGUCUACAAGACAUUAUUACCCGUUCAAGUCAGAAAAUAUUUAAAGUUGAAACGUGUUUACAUGAUGGGAGAGGCUUGUCAGAUGUUGUCAACUGGUUGCAGGAGACAUACCGAGCGAAAUAGUUAUAUGUUUGUAUUGUUCUUUGGGAUUUGUUUAUUUGACAAGGUAUCUUUGGGAUAUGUCUCCUUUGGCAAGCAAUCGAUUAGCUUGUACUGUAUUCAUGACUUGUCAAUACUUAUGUAACCCUAACAUAAUUUUUAAUUAUUUAAUUAAGUGACAGCAAUAAUUUUGUCAUUUGUAAAAUAAUUGAUGU